AAAACACCACAUACUCAAGGUGUGGGGCUUGAAGUCUUGCAGUACCAGAAACCUCAGUGAGGUUUCUCCGCGGGGAAACGGACCAGAAACAGGCACAAUACCCGACAUGCAGGAUCCAAGGGGGCGGGGAGGCCGGGCCGUAGCAACCGGGCCGUCUCCAGGUCAACAACAGGGAGGAGACAGCGGCCGCCAUGGCACUGCCAGAAGCAGGUUCUUAAGAAGAAAGCAAAGAGGAGCUAUCAGUCGACAGAUCCAUCAUGACUGGCAACUUGUUUAAGACACUUGCCUGGAGUGACUAUGCCUUUGAUUCAAAGUACAGACAAGACCAUGAGAAUUUAAGUUUCCAUGAGGACCACAAAAAGAAAUCAGGAGAGAAGAAAAGGAGUCUGACAGACAGUCAGUGGGACAUGGAUGUACAGCCCCUCAUUUCGUCUUCUGAUUGGCUUCAGCUUCACGGGCUCAAGAGAAACAAAUUGACUUUGUCUCAGAUUUUGUCACAAAUCGGAUUCCAGCACAGGAAAGAUUAUGUGACCACUUUGGGGAAACCUGUGGCUUCUCGGUAUGCAGAUGGUCUAUUUCCUCAAUACACAAGAGCACACGAUGGCAGCGUGUAUAAUCUGACAGCCAAAAAAGAGCCGAUUCUUCAUUUUGUGGAACGUCUAAUGGGAGCUAUUGAGCUGUAUCAGCAACGAAUGGAAUGGUUAACCAGUGAAAGCCGGCUGAUAUUUGGAGUGAUUCAAGAACGGCACAUUGUCAUUGUUUCGGAUUUUGGCACUGCAGCUCCAGCCGAGUUUGAUCUAUGCCGUGAUGCACUUACUAUGGUUCUUGUGGAACAAGUGGCACAAAUUGCCAAAUUUAACCUCAUUCGGGCUGCUGAGGAUCUUAUGAAGUGGCAAGAGAAAUCUGCUCCUGUGUCUGAAUAUACCAUAAAAUCUGCUGUUAAGUGGCUCUGGAAGCUGGACCACACAACAGCUGCCAGCAGUACCACCUCUGCUGGAGCCCUGGUGGAAGCCAUGAGUGAUGGGAUGAUUGAAGCUGUUUAUUACUUUGUGGUGGGUGACAUUCCAGCGGACACAAAGCAGCUACUCCUUGAGAAGAUUUCUGGUUGCCCCUGUCCAGUCAACACUGUAUCUUUUAAUGCCAGGGAAGACGAAACUGUUGUUUUUCUGAAGGAGCUGAGCCACUUGGCCUCUGGCAGAUUCCAUGCUUUUGUUGAGAAGAAUUACUAUAGAGAUGCUACUGGACCUGCACUAAAAUGUGAAGAAGAUGGGAAAGGUCUAAUUGCCCAGAAUUCCAGAAAAUGGAAAGGGAGAAUGCCACUAGUAGCUGGUGUUCGUGAAGAUGUAUUUUUGAUCUGGAAAGAGUUGGAGGAAGCUAGGAGUACGCUGAGACAAGUUCAAAGAAUUUUAUCUGAAUCUCAUCAACCAGAUUCUGCAGGAACCGAAGCUGAUCACCCAUUAGAAGAGAAUAAAUGUAACAAGUAUUUGACUUCUGAGAAGUGGCUGCAGAAGUACGGCUUGAAAGCUCAGAAGCUCACAGUGUACGAUGCACUCGCUGAUUGUACAUUUCGCCAUGCAGAUGGAAUUGUUGACAUCAAAACUAAACCAGAGGAUGAAUCUUCACAAACUGAUGCUGAGACAAAGAGAAAGAUAAUUCAUGCUAAAUACUGCGACAAGUUUGUACAUACCUUCUGGAAAGAUGGAUCUGUAGUUCAUGUGUAUGUUACUACAGAAAAGUAUAGGCAGUAUGAAGAGAAAAUGAGGGCUGCUCUCAGACAAGUGGAAGGAAGGAUUAAGUGGCUUCAACAAGGAAGCAGAGGUCUCUUUGGGAAUGUGUUUGAAGAUGAUGUCUAUAUUCUAAUUGAUACAUCCCGGUCUAUGAUGGACAAGCUGCCACUAGUGAAGGAGAAAAUAUUUCAGCUCAUACAGGAACAAUUGAGACACAAAAAGAGAUUUAAUUUUGUGAAAUUUAGUUCCCAAGCGGUGGCAUGGAGAGAGAAACUUGCUGAAGUUAAUGAGGAGAAUUUGCAAGAUGCUUGGCUUUGGAUCAAAGGGCUUGAGGUUGGAAGUUCCACAAAUACACUCAGAGCUCUCCAAAUUGCUCUUGCUGAUGCUGACACUCGGGCUAUUUAUCUCUUGACUGAUGGGAGACCUGAUCAGCCCCCUCAAACAAUUUUGGCUCAAGUCCAGCUUCAUCCUAAAGUUCCCAUUCAUACUGUAUCCUUCAACUGUGAUGAUACAGAAGCUAAUAAAUUUUUGCAUGAACUCUCUACUGAAACAGGGGGACGCUUUCAUUAUUACAACGUUUAUUCAACUGAUCUUGGUGUUGCAACGUCUAGUGAUAGUGAAGAUAUACGUCUGUUAAAACAAGAGAUUGAACAGGGAGAAAAAGACCUAGAGAAAGUGAAGACUUUUCAUGCUGAAUGUCUGAUGCUGGACUGUUAUAAAGAAGAAAAUAAUACAGAGAAUAGUGAUCAGAAGCCAACACAGACUUUGUCUUCAGAGACUGAACAUGUGGAAGAGCACAGCAGGCUGUGCUGUGCUUUACAAGAGCCAGCACUGGGUCCACAUCGGUGUACUGGAUACACUUGGCAAGUCAAUGGUGAGAAUCCUGUUCGAAGGAAGAAAGCAUUAUUUGCAGAGCAAACAAAGACGAGUAUGCUGCGAAUCCUGAGCCGUGGAGUGAAAUCAAGGGAAAAAAGCCCAGAGCAAAGAGAAUCCCCUGAAAAAAAGAGCUUUUCUGUCAGAAAGAGUAUGAAGUGCACAACUGUUUUGAAAGGCAGGUUUACACAACAGGAAGCUCUGGAUGUGAAAAUGCAGAAAACUAGGAAAAGGACAUCUAAAAGUUCUCUAGAUAUCUCUUCCGCUCUUUGGUUAAAGACUCAUGGCCUGAUUGCUAGGCGGCUCACCAUCAUGGAUGCCUUAGCUCCUACAGCUGUCCCACAUAGCACUAAAUACAUCCCAGUUCUGGACAAGCAUGUACUUUCAAAAGUAUUUGAUGAGAUACUGUCAUUGGCCCAUUUGAGCAGUGACAAGAAGCGGAUCACACUAAUUAAUCCUCAGGCAGUGAAUCUUGAUGCCUAUAAAGAGAAGUUGGAACAAGCAAUUAAAUCCUAUGAAAGGCGCCUAAAUCUACUUGUCUGGAGAGCCCUACCUCAGGAGGAAAGAGACAAAUUUAAGGAGGAUGGGCCGGUUCAAUACAUGCAGCAUAAGGAAGCUUUGUUGGAGGCUUUAGAGAAUUUGGGAUGGCCAAUUUCCUAUGAAGACGUCAUACUGUUAGAAGACGAGAUACUGGCGGCAUUAACAUACAUGCAGCAAGCCUCUGAUCUUCAGGAAGCUGUCAAAAAGGAAAGUGAGAAGAGCUCAGAAUCACACAUCAGCAAAAGCAAAAAGAGACCUGAAGAAGAAACUGUGAAGUCGAAGUCUAAAAAGCAACGAGAGGGCAGAGUAUUUGUGACCCUCAGAAACCAAAAAGUGAUUGCAAGAUCAGACAUCACAGGAUUUUAUUAUCCAGGAACUGUAAUAAAGAAUAUCAGUUCUACCUGCGCACUCGUUGACUUCAGCCAUGGGGAGAGCUGGGUUGUACCUCUGGAGUUCAUUGUACCUGUGGGACGUGCCAUGCCAUGUACAUAUCUACAGGUGGGAGACUAUGUAUUUGCCAGAACCAGGACACAGACGGGGAACAAUUAUUGUUAUGUGCCUGCCAUUGUCAUAGCAACGCCAGAAAUGGGGAGAAUGGGUGAUAAACUCUACACAGUUCUGAUGUUCAGCAACAGGAAAGAACACUGCGUAAGAAGUUGCCUUAUUAAAAUCAGCCAAACCAAAUAUGCCUUCUCCUGUCGGUAUAUAAGAAUGGUGCAGAGGGUGGAUUCUACAGUCCCAGACAAAGAGACUCCAGAGCCCUGUCUACACUCAUCUUUGGAAAAUGAAGGAGAAGUAGCAGAGAAAUGUACUGUGAAGGGAAAUAGGGGAAAACAGAAAAAGAAGAGGAGAGCAGAGGGCAAAAGACAUGCCAAGGGGACAAUGAUGGACUCUGAUCUUUUGCUUGUUUCCAGGAGGGAGGUAAAACACAGAGGAAAAAGUUCAGUGCCUAGCAGUGAAGAAGAAUUUGAAGGCUGUCUGUUCAUCUAAAGAGGAAACUGUAUUAAAGCGGGAAUCAGCUACACUGCCAUAAAGAUGGAAGCAUACAGAUAUGGAAGGGAAGAAUGUGCAGGUCCAUUGACAUUGGCACGUGCUGGUGAGGUGGGAAAGGAAAGGCAAUUUUUUCCAGUUUCUUAUAGCAAUACCAGAACGGUUUGUCUCAGCAUCUUGGGAAGGCACACAGGGAGACUGUGCACUAUCCAAAGAAAAUAAAUGGUUUGUGAAUAGUGUGUGAUGGGGCGCACUCUUUCAACAGCAUGCAUCUUGUGUUUUAUUUAAGGUAGCAGUACGGCAGCAGCAGCUUUCAGUAUUUUAGUUCAGCAGUGUUAUUGUACUGCAGGGUACAGAUAUAGUCAAGAAAUAUCCUGAACCUUCCACAGGUGAACUUCAGAUUUUUGUCUCUUAGGUUGCUCAAGAAGCAUCCAAAUAUGCCUUUUGUGUAUCUAAAUGCUGAUGUUUUGCUUGUCUAAGAUGAUUUUCAAAGGCACACUUCUGAUCAGAUGACCUUGGAGGUCUUUUCCAGUCUUGGUGAUUCUAUGAUUCCAUGAUUAUCAAGCUCUUUACUUCAGGAUUUUUCAGUGGUAAACAUAGUCAACAUUUCUAAAACUAAUCAUACUCAUACCUUGUGCCCUACAUGUACUCAAUCUGUGUUGUUGCUUUCUCACCUUGUAUACCACAGCUUUGCUCUUUAGCUACCUUCCAGCUUUAUUUUCCACUGUACGUGUGUUUCUUAUGAUCAUUUAAAACUUUGGAUACUCAUUCAUUCCUCAGCAGUGGCCAGGAGAUGGUUCCCAAGGAAGAGUUGGAACAAAGGUUGGCAUGUAAAUGCCCCAUUUCCACAGGCUUAGAAGAUGAUGAUACUUAAAGAGCAAACUGGGAUGAACUUGUGAGAAUGAAAGAAAAAAGUCAAGAACUAUUGCUCUGUGGCCCUAAUCAUGGAGUCAUUUGUUCGAUGAUAAAUUGCAGGGUGUGUGCACAUGUGUGGGGGGAUGCUGGGCUACAAUACCUGA